CGCACCCACGGGGCCUCGGGGGGGUUGUCUUGGAGAGAUGUAGUGUGCGUUUGUUGUGCUGCACGGUUGUCGUUCGGUGUCUCCUACAUAUUUUCCGUCCGGGCAUUCGGUGCACGGGAUGAGAUGUAUGAUGUUUCUGGAGGUGCAGGUGUAAGGUCCAGGAAUAGUGAUGGUUAACAAAAGGAAGAUCCAAUUUGGGCACCGCUGGCUCAGCCUUCUGAGGGGGCCGUCACUCUCUGGCCAUGUCUGGCGUCUCCGCCGGGAAGAGAUGGACCUGAAGGUGCUGCAGUUCAAGAACAAGAAGCUGGCGGAGCGGUUGGAGCAGCGGCAGGCCUGUGAAGAUGAUCUGCGCGAGCGCAUUGAGAAGCUGGAGAAACGUCAGGCUACUGAUGACGCCACCCUGCUGAUCGUGCAUCGCUACUGGGGCCAGCUGGACGAAAACGUGCAGGGGCUGCUGCGGCGCUGCGAUGGGGACGGGAUCCCUCCUGGCCCGGCUGAGCCUGUGGCCCCCACCCCCGAGGAACCCAGGCCUGAGCUCCCGGGGACCGAACUGGAGCCUGCCCCAGCCCCCGAGCCUGAGGGGCCUGACCGGAGAGGUCCUGCCGUGUGGGCUGGGGGCCCCCUGACAGGGCCGGCACUGGCCUUCGUGGCAGCGCUGGGGGCCAGUGGGCGGGAAGAGGUUGAGCUGCAGCUGCAGGGCCGUGUGGCCUUCUCCAAGGCUGCCGUGUCCCGCCUUGUGGCCAGCGCUGAUACUGCCCACCGCCGCCUGCAGGAGCUGUGCCAGCGCAUCCAGGCCUGCGAGGAGUUGGAGCCGCCAGAUGAGGGGCCAAAAAGCUCGAACCAGGACCUGAUGAAGGAGAACCGGCGCCUGCAGGACCUGACCAUGCAGCUGCAGGAGAAGCACCACCGCAUCUCGCUGGAGUACGCGGAGCUGCAGGACAAGGUGAUGUCCUCGGAGACCAAGGUGCUAGAGAUGGAGACCACGGUGGAGGACCUGCAGUGGGACAUUGAAAAGCUACGCAAGCGGGAGCAGAAGCUCAACAAGCACCUGGCUGAGGCCUUGGAGCAGCUGAACUCAGGUUACUACGCCUCAGGCAGCUCUGGUGGCUUUCAGGGUGGGCAGAUCACCCUCAGCAUGCAGAAGGUAUGGGGAUGGUGGAGCCACACAGCCCCCUGCACUCACGCGGCACAGGUGGCGCUGCGCUCGCUGCCCGAGGAGGCGGUGAAGGAGACGCUGGACUACAAGGUGCUGCAGUCGCAGUUCUCGCUGCUCUACAAUGAGAGCCUGCAGGUGAAGACGCAGCUGGACGAGGCGCGCGCCCUGCUGCUCACCACCAAGAACUCCCACCUGCGGCACAUCGAGCACAUGGAGAGUGACGAGCUGAACUUGCAGAAGAAGCUGCGUACAGAGGUGAUCCAGCUGGAGGACACGCUGGCCCAGGUGCGCAAGGAGUACGAGAUGCUGCGCAUCGAGUUCGAGCAAAACUUGGCUGCCAACGAGCAGGCGGGACCAAUCAACCGGGAGAUGCGGCACCUAAUCAGCAGCCUCCAGAACCACAACCACCAGCUCAAGGGCGAUGUCCAGCGCUACAAGCGCAAACUGCGCGAGGUCCAGGCCGAGAUCAACAAGAUCCGUAUGCAGUCCAGCAGUUUCCCAGCAGCCCCGGCAGCCCCCGCCCCCACCCCAGGGGCUGAGGAGGGUGGGGGGCCAGCCCCAGCGCUGGGGGGGCCGGCCAAGGUGGAGGAGGAGGGGCUGGCGGGGAGCCAGCCUCCCUCCCAAGAGCCCAAGAAAGAGCCCAAGGAGGCGGGGCCAAAGAAGACCCUCAAGGCCGGGGGGGGCCGGGAACGGGAGCGGGACAGGGCGCGCUCGCGGGACCGGGAGCGGGAGCGGGAGAAGGAGGCGGCAGCAGCAGCGGGGCGGGAGCGGGACCGGCCCAAGGGCCCCGACGACCCCAAGAAGAAGGACUCGGACGUGCUCAAGCAGCUGCGCGCCGAGCUCAAGAAGGCGCAGGAGAGCCAGAAGGAGAUGAAGCUGCUGCUGGACAUGUACAAGUCGGCGCCCAAGGAGCAGCGCGACAAGGUCCAGCUCAUGGCCGCUGAGCGCAAGACCAAGGCUGAGGUGGACGAGCUGCGGGGCCGGGCGCGGGAGCUGGAGGAGCGGGAGCGGCGAGAGAGCAAGAAGCUGGCGGACGAGGAUGCGCUGCGCCGCAUCCGAUUGGCCGAGGAGCCGAUUGAGCACCUGCAGCGUAAACUGGCCGCCACCAAGCAGGAGGAGGAGGCGCUGCUGUCGGAGAUGGACGUGACAGGCCAGGCCUUCGAGGACAUGCAGGAGCAGAACCUGCGGCUGCUGCAGCAGCUGCGUGAGAAGGAUGACGCCAACUUCAAGCUCAUGUCAGAGCGGAUCAAGGCCAACCAGAUCCACAAGCUGCUGCGCGAUGAGAAGGACGAGCUGGCCGACCAGGUGCUUGCCCUCAAGGCCCAGGUGGACGCACAGUUGCAGGUGGUGCAGAAGCUGGAGGAGAAGGAGCGGGUGCUGCAGGGGGCGCUGGGCACCGUAGAGAAGGAGCUGGCACUGCGCUCCCAGGGCCUCGAGCUUCACAAGAGGAAGGCGGUGGAGGCUGCCCAGCUGGCUGAGGACCUGAAGGUGCAGCUGGAGCACGUGCAGGCCAAGGUGCGCGAGAUCCAGCCCUGCGUGGCCGAGAACCGGGCCGCCAAGGAGAAGGAGUCCUUCAACCUCAAGCGCGCCCAGGAGGACAUCUCACGGCUGCGGCGCAAGCUGGAGAAGCAGCGCAAGGUGGAGGUUUACGCCGAUGCUGACGAGAUCUUGCAGGAGGAGAUCAAGGAGUACAAGGUGCCCGCAGCACUGCUGGACCCCCCACUGCUGUCCCCUGGGGUCUCCCAGUAG